AUGGCCCCCCCGGGGUGUGGCUCUCCAUUCCCCCCCCGGGGGGGGUCGGGGAAUGUGUGUGUGUCCCGGCCGCUGUCUCAUGUCUCUCUCUCUCUCUCUCUCUCUCUGCAGGACCCCGGCUCCGAGCUCGCCCCCAGUCUGACGGCCCUGAGCCGCCGGCCCGAGCUGCAGUGGAUGGUGCAGCCCACCCUGAGCCCCGGGCCCAGGCACGACUACAGCCUUGGAGCCCCGUACAGGGCCCGGGCCGCCAGCAGCAAAUACUCCGGCCGCAGGGGCAAGACUGACCAGCUAAGCCCCGAGGAUGAGGAGAAGCGGAAGGUCCGGAGGGAGCGGAACAAACUGGCUGCAGCUAAAUGCCGGAACCGGAGGAGGGAGCUGACCGACAGCCUGCAGACGGAGACGGAGAAGUUGGAAGGGGAGAAGUCUGUUCUGGAGACGGAGAUAGCGGAGCUGCUGAAAGAGAAGGAGAAGCUGGAGUUUAUCCUGGCGGCUCACCGGCCGGUAUGCCGUAUCCCAGAGCCCGAGGCCCCGGGGCUCCCCGGCUGCAGCAGCAUAGAGAGAGCGGACCCGGACCCUGCAGCAGCCCCAGCUCCAGCCUCAGGCUUGGACAGUAACCUGGGAGCGGACUUACUGGGCAGCAUUGACACAGGCCGCUCAGUCCCCGAUGUGGAUUUGAUCAACCUAGCCGACUGGGAGCCUCUGUAUUCCUCACUGCCUGCCGACUGCGAGCCACUGUGUACCCCUGUCCUGACCGCCACCCCGAGCGGUUCCUACUCUUCUUCCUUCACCUUCAGCUACCCGGAACUGGCGGCGUGUGGCUCCUCUCUCGGCCCCGGGGCUAGCAGUGACCAUUCCUCCGACUCUCUGAACUCUCCUACCCUGCUGGCCUUGUAAGAAGCUGAGGGACAUGGACAUGGACACUGCCAGCUCCCCAGCGCUGCAUGCAUCAGCCUGGGAAAUGCAUGAGACUGGCCUCCCUGGGCUAAAGCUCCACACUCUCUUACUCACUCAGCCAGAGACACGGUGCUAGACUCUUCUCCAGAUGGUGUUUGGUCGAAUCUACAUUACAGCGAUAUGGUGUUACUAUAACAUAUCAACAAUAAUUUAUUGUAAAAGUUUAUUUUUAAAAAUAUUACCCUGCUCUUCAUUGUGUUCAGUGGUCUUGAAUAUUGACAUCAGUUUUCCAUGAAAACGGUUUAAUUUAUUUCUAGAAAUAUUUAUUUUUUCUAUUUUCCAUGAGAUUAAGUGUUUGCCUUGUGCUAACAUUAAUAAAAUGAUUUAAGCCAAAAGUA